AUGACAAACAAAUUACACAGAUUGAUGACGUCGAUUCAUAUUCUGCGCCCACACCUACAUUCGUCGCUCUUACAUCUACCACCGCUACACCUAUACCCGCUCCAACACCAAUAGAAGCUUUAAAUAACAACAUGUCGGAUUUAAAUUUAGAAGUUCCGUCAGAAUUAACACAAUCUGCAAUAACAUUAUUUAAAACAACGACAUUGUCAUCCAAAAUACCAAUUCACUCAUCUAGAAUAUCCUCUUCUUCUGAAUCCUCGAAAUCAUCAUCUUCACUUUCAAAGGAUAUUAAAAAUCUAAGAAAGCACGACAAUGAAUUAGCAUCAAAUAAUUUAAUAAUACAAUACAAUUAUUCAUCAUUGAAAAGAAGUUACGAUAGGCUGGAAGAAAGAAUCAAAGAGUUGGAAGAAAAACUUGAUGGAUUGGAGAAAAUUGUGAAAAAAUUAAAAAAAAAUCAUAAUAAGAAUAAUGAGAAUGAUGAUAAUGAUGAUAAUGAUAAUGAUAAUUAA